AUGUCGACGGGAUUUUUGUCGUCCCUUCAGAGUGACUAUGUAAUCACAUAUUUACGGAAUGAAGUCAAAGUAUGGCAGAUUGGUCUCGCAUUGCUGCUUGCCUGGCGUGCUUGGUCCUAUUGGGAAAAUAGGCUAGACAUUCCUUUCUACGGCGGCAUAUGGUCCUUCUCCCGCGUGUUGUCAAUCAUAAAGAUGAACAGAGAAGGAGCUCAGGCAUUUCUCGACACAUACAAGCAACAUCCAAUGGUCGCAGUCCCGCGCGUCGAUGCUUGGUUCAUCAUGAUGCACCCAGACUUCGUCGAGGAAAUCAACAAGGCACCAGAAGACGUAAUCUCAAACGAUGAUAACAUUCUCGUUGCGCUUCAGGUUCCAUACACGCUCCGCAAUAAAAUCAUCGAGAAUCCCUACCAUAAAUACGUUAUCCAAAAUCAGUUGACAAAAAAUCUCGUAAAGAUUUUCGAAGACAUACAUGACGAGAUUCCGCGUGCGUGGGAGAACUUGACAGACGGACAUGAAUGGAAGAGGAUCACAAUGCUACCGGCUGCACUCCAACUUAUCGCCCAGACCAGUAACAGAGUCUUCGUCGGUGCACCACUCUGUCGUGAUCAGAGAUGGAAGUCAGCAAUGACGGAUGGCACGACGUCCAUCGUCAAACUUGCGGCGCUCAUCAGUCUUUUCCCUCCUUGGGCGAGACCGAUUGUUGGCCGGAUCCUAUCCCAUCCAGACGCAAAGAGUAAAGAGUAUGCGCCGCUAGUUGCACCGUUGGUCGAAGAGAGACUCAAAAUGGACCCAGAAGAUCGCCCAGACGACUUUAUCUCUUGGCUACUCGAACUCGCGCCUCCUGAAGACCAAAAUGCUCUAGAAGUGACAAGGAGGUUGAUCGGGAUGAACUUUGCUGCGGUGCACACAACAUCUAUGAAUUUGACGCAUGCUAUAUUCUGGCUCUUGGCAAGGCCAGAGUAUAUCGAGCCUCUUCGUGCUGAGAUAGCCGCCGUUACCGAAGAAAUGGGCUGGACGAAAGACGCACUCACGCACAUGGUCAAAUUGGACAGUUUUAUGAAGGAAUCUGUUCGUAUUACCCCCAUUUCGUCGCAGGCUCUCUCACGUAUCGUCAUGAAACCUUUUACAUUCUCAAACGGCGUUCGAAUCCCUGCUGGAUAUGCGCUUGGCGCGCACAUGUACGGCACACAUCACGACCCCAACAUCUACGAGAACCCAGAAGAAUUUAAAGGCGAUCGUUUCUUACCCAAGACGGAUGCUGUUGCUCCCGGGUUGAAUUAUGCAGACGACGAAGAGAGGGAGGCUUCACUCAAACGGUCAAUGUACGCCGCUUCAAAGACAUACCUCGGAUUUAGCUACGGAAAACACGUUUGUCCUGGACGGUUCUUUGCCUCUAUGGAGCUCAAGACGAUGGUCGCCCAUCUACUCAUGGAGUAUGAGAUCAAAUGGCCUGAAGAGGUUUCCAAGGGAGCGAAACAUUACCGACCAGAGAAUAUGUGGUUUGGUGGCGCGCUCGUCCCAAAUCCAACUGCCGAGAUCCUGAUCCGCAAGCGGAGGUAG